GCGAUCCCACCCCCAGAGGACGAUGUUGAUGACUUGGGCGGAGACGACGCCGCGGCGCCGGCGCCAGCCUUCUUAUCACCCGACGAGCCCGACAUUCGUCGAGGCUGAGCGGGCUCGUGGAUCUCACGGGGAGCAGGGAACAUGAAUCGUCGAUCACCGUCCCAGCGUGGAAGGACUUUGCCGCUGCCGCUGCCACUGCCGGAGUCGGCGGAAGCGUUUGUGGCGUCGGUGAUGGUGUUGUUGGCAUCGGCUGCUGCAGGAGCAGCAGGGGCAGCGGGGGUUGGAGCGGAGGCCGAAGAGGUGGCGGAGGUAUCUUUCGGUUGGGAGCCAGAGUAUCGACGACUGCCUUCGUGGACCUCUCUGCCGGCUGGGAACAUGAAGCGGCGGUCUUGCCAGUUGCUGGACGACAUGGUUGCGAAACACAAAAGUAGUGGUGAUGUACUGGAGCGAUGGGAUACUAGUAGGUCGGGGGUAGAAUAGGUGCGGUGCUGAUUGGGACUCUG